AUGCUCAUCUUCCGUGCUAAGAUGAAUAACACCGUAAUCACACCGCAUAUGGCAACUUUUCAUUACUCAAUCACUCCUCCAAACAAUGCCUUCUUUCUCUCUUCGCUAAAUAAUAACGAUGCCAACAUUACCCAUCAACUCCUUUAUCUUCAUGAUGAUUGCCCGUACAGUACCGAUCAGCACAUUACCGUAUCCUCGGGAAAUCGUGCCGAGAGCACACGGCUCCUGCCAUCAAUAGUGAAUCUUCAUUGUGCUGUCACAGUAAAACUCGUCCAGGAUGUCAUCAAAUUAGACCGACCACAUGUGGAUGUGCUAGCGCUGGCUGAUCUGCCAUUGCUAUCGUUUCUAAAGCAAUCCGCUUGCGUCACAGUGCAAGUCACAAGCCCAACGGCUGACACAAUUUCCUCGUCAUGUCAUCUAUCGCCAUUCGAGGAACAUAAGCAUAGUUGCUUGAUACGGUUACAGAUACCGUACACAUGGUUUGGCGCUGUAGGACGUAAUUCCACCUCUAAGCAGGUCCUGUCCAUGUCACAUACCGUAUCGUCCACUUGUAAUGUGCCGUUCUACGAUCGGCCUCAAACACCGCUCAGUCUUCUGCCAUUUAUCGAAAAUGCUCAAGCCCAUACCCUUGUCAAGGAUGAGGAAGUGGAUCUUUCACUGCUUUCCCGGGCGAACUUGUCUUUCGCAUUGAAUUCGCUUAAUUCCUUAUUUGUUCACCUCUCCUACAACACAACAGAUACGGCGCUGGAAAAAGUGGAAAUACGGUUGUGGUUGGAUGCUCGUCUCGAUCUGCUCAAUGUAUCACCGCUGGCCAACGAUGUCUGGCCAUUACGGGUGGUAACAGCGGCUCGACCGCUUUUCUACACUUCAUUCACUAUUAAGAGACGAAACAAGGCUAAUACCUGGGAUGGCUACGUAUUUGCACUUCUUCUACGAAUGCGUGGCUCAAUCGCCGAGAAUAAGAGGUUGAUGAAGAAUGAAGAAGGAGAUGAGGCAGUUUUGCAUUGGGAAAUACGUCGCACUUCUACUAAUGGCAGUCAGGAGUUGAUCCAUAAAGUUGCCACCAAGUUCAGGGUUGUGCCGGAUUCUGUCUAUGCACUUGUACCGGUUGCUAAGAACACGGACCUUAUCAACACGGCAGUGCUCUCCGGACAACAAAGUGCCACUGCUAUGCGAGUGUUCACGGCUUCUCUUGGUGGCAUUGUCAGAGACGUUACAGCUCGUUCACAUUGCAUUUCAGCUGAAUCGCGAGUGCUGAAAACAAGCCCCACUUGCACAUCGGUGUACGUUGACGGCUCGGAAUUGCGUGGAAUGCAAAAUAUGAAGAUUCAUGUGCACUUUGAAAAAUGGACAACCUAUAUCGCCUAUACGGUUUGGUAUCCACGGUUACCCAUCACGUUAUGGCUGCGUGACUCGGUAUUGAAUUCAAUCUCUGGAUGGCCAAUCACUGUAUGGAAAAGCUUAGAAUACGAAAGGCACACUAAAGGAGCCGCUAGACAAUUUGCAUGUGGAAAUCGAUAUCAGCAAACUGAGCUACGAGUGUACGCUUCUUUCCAAGUAAGUGAUGAACGAACUGGUGAACGCAUGUAUCUGAGUGGAAACCGUGAUGUCAUGUUUGAUGUCACUUCGUUGUCGGCUGAUAGUAUUGUGAGCAGUGAUCGAGCAAUUGUGACCGUACGAAACUUCAACAACAGGGUUCUUGUGCAGGCUGUGCAGCCAGGAGAAGCAAGGAUAGUCGUCAAGGCCCAAGCACCGAACAUUGAUUUCGGAAGCGUAUCAAUUAUAGUGUCUUCCGAAGAAGUAACGGUUACAAGGAUGACUGCUCUUCCAGUAGUCGAAAUGAGUGUGAACAUCGAGCCAACUGCUGGAAAAAGGGCCCAAUAUGACGUCAUCACAGCGCUGGAGAGCACUUUUCAGCAUCGAUAUCAGCAUGGUAGCUUUUUCUACCAAUUAUUGUACUCUGACGACAAUAUGGAGUUUCUGGAUGAUGUUGCUGUUACGGAUUUCAAUCUCUCAUCCCAAAGCUCCGAUGAACGAGUUCUAGCACUGGCUCACAAGAUUCAAAAUAACGUAGACAUAAUUGCACUGGAUGAUCUAUCAGAUCCAUACAUCUUGUUGGAACUACGUCCACCUUCACACUGCACCGAUCCAGACGCCGUUCCACUGGCCAUUCUGCAAGUGCCAAUGAAAGUUCAAUUUGACGCAGUGGAUUCGAGUCGCUUGGCUAUUGCGAGAUUGCCAAUUAACACAACAACUUCCUCGCCACCACCAGAUACAGAUUCGAUUUGGCGAAUGGAUACAAUUCUAGCCGCUAUACUUUUCCUAAUCUUGCUCGCCGGUGCAGUGCGAUUCUUCUCGAAAAGAGCCACCACCUUCAGCGGGUACGAAAAGCUCGUCGCUCCCAUACUCUCUCGGCUUUCUUCCUCUUCGAGUGGAGGUGGUUGCGAUCAAGAUUCGAAAGAAUGGGUCUGGCUAGGAAAGACAAGAACUGAUACUAAUAGCAUCGGUUCGCGCUAUUCUCAGAAGUCCACCGUCCACGUUGCCGAGCAGUCAUCGCCAUCGUACGACGAGAACACUCAGACGAGCAUCUCUUAUCGCGGGUCCGAGAUCAGCGUGUUCAUCUCACCCACUCCAGUAGUGACGGUGCACGCGGAUUACGAGCCCCCAUGCGGGGGCAGCUGGAGAGCGACUGGAAAAAGCCGGACGCGAGCCGCACGGCACGCCCUCGUCGACUCGUCGUCCGAUCACAAUCUAGCCAGAAUCGUGGCCAGAAGCGGCUCAUGGAGAGGCGAAACUGUAUGGCCGAAUAAUACAUGGAGUGCAAAGAAACGUACAACAGUCUAUGAGGGCAUGAGGGAAAGUGUGGCUUGA